AUGGACAACGCUGAUUUUGCCGUGUUCCUCGUCGAAGGGAUGAGAAUAUCUGCCGUAACCAAGGUGCUACUCGCGAUUCAACCUUUCGCGCUCAUGCUAACGUUGUCUACCUUUUGCCCUACACAGAAAAUCGAUUUAGCAUCUGCGGUGGUGUUCUUCUACGACUAUUUGCUCACCAUUGGAAUGGAGGUCAAAUACAUCUGGCCAGGACCAUUGACCGGCAUGAAGGUGCUCUACUUCCUUCAGCGAUAUCUCCCUUUUAUCGACACCGUGUGGAUAGCUGUUCAAGUAAAUUUCGCUCCCAACAUGGACGCGAAGACGUGCACCACGCUGAAUGGAGUAGGGAGGUCUCUUAUGUGCUUAGGGUUGACUUUGUCGGAGUUGGUUUUAACCUUUCGAGCUUGGGCUGUCUGGAACCGGGACAGGGUGCUGACAUUUGCCCUUCCCAUUCUCUUCGUCGGAUGCUUCCUCCCACCCGCCGUGAUUUUCGGUAUAUUCAUUGGUACAACGAAAUUUAUCGGCCUUCCACCCCCGUCUACGGGUUGCGUUCAAAUUGGAGGCGACCCAAUUAUAACCAUCAAUUGGAUACUUCUUCUCGUGUGGGAUGCUCGUAUGUCCUUCAUUUACUAA